GCGCCCUGGCAAUAAGCGAAAGAACAACACGACGCGAAAUCGUCCUACUUCUGGAAAAAGGCAGGAAUAUCCUUGCUGCUGUGCGGUCCGAUUACGAUAAGUGGGGGACGGAAGUGCGAUGAGUCACCAGUGCCGUGAUUGAGGUGCUCGUUUCACCUCGCCACCCCCUGAGAGCGAUGAACGGCGACACCGAUUCACCGCCAGCAGGAGCAGCAGCAGCAGCAGCAGUUCCUGCGGGGUCAGCAGCACCGCCACCUCCGCUGCGAGAAUGGGAACCGUUGGUUGAGCUGGUCGGUAAAAUUCCACCCACCGUGCAGCGCGGUUUGCUGUUCCACGAUGUGUCCCUCACGUGCCUCGAUUCGGUGGACGAGUUUAUCGCUUUCGGUACCAACGUCGGUCUCGUGUUCCUGUACAACCGCAAAACGGGUACCGUGGAACAUCGCUUGCCGGCGGUCAGCGAGAACGGUGGCUCACCGGAACUGACCUGCGUGCGCAUCAUCUCGACCGUCGAGUACAUGGUAGCCGCCGGAUGUCGGACGGGUAUGGUUACUAUUUUCCAGAUUCCCAAAACCCCUCCACCGGAUGUGUGCGCCGAGCUGCUGUUGAAGGCGAAACCGAUCGAACGGUACACGGUGCGGGGUUUGCAUCGGGCCGGCAUCAGUGAGCUGCUGUGGUCAAAGAACGGCAUGAAGCUGUUCUCGGGUGAUACGGCCGGUGUGGUGGUACUGACCGAGAUGGGCUACACCUCGAAGACGUGCCAGUCGCGCGAAAUCCUCAACGAACGGUACGAGAUCGUACAGAUGGAUCUGCGACAAGGACGCUGGCUGCUAGUAUCGAGUCUCUUCCGCACGGUAAUCUGCAGUCCCGAGGUUGCUACCGAUGAGCGUCGCUGGCGAGUGGCACAAGUCGGGAAAAAGGACCGUAAAACGUUGGCCCCGUUCGGAGCGAUCUUUGCCCAGGUCCAUGGGCAGCAACAAAUCAUCUCGACACGUUCCGGGUUCCGGCUUUGGCUAGCCGAUUACGAGGGGAACGUGGCCCAGACGCUUAUCUUCAAAGAGCUCAUGCGUGGUCCGCAGCAACAUGCCGAGAUUCCUCUGCUCAAUCCGAGCCGCAAUCCGGUUCGCAUUCCAACGGCUUUCGGUAAACUGUAUCCCUUCGAGGCAAACCAGAUUGUCACGGUAGCCAAUGGGGCCCUGUUUCUGCUGGAUCUCGAACGGAUGGCCAUCGUGGGCCAAUUAACACGUUUACGCCACAUUCUGGAUGUGUCCGUUGAUCGGAAUGAGAUUCUAAUUCUUGAAAGCCCUCGCUCUCUGGUGCGCAUUGCAACGCAUCCGGAUAGCUACAGCCGCACGACGGUAGUGUUUAAGCAUAUGGAGCUGUUCGUCAGCCAGGAUUCACAGGUGGUAUUGGCGGACGAAUGCCACGAGGAGCCAACGCAAUGCCUUACCAUCACAGGGCCGGAUGACGGCAAGGACGGGACUGAUAAUGGUGGUGCGCCAGUAGAGAUAGGCUCGGCCGCUGCCUCCAACGAGGAACCCGGUGAGGCACGACUUAUAAACGUGCACAUGAAGAAAUUAGAAUUGUUUGAUGCGCUUAAUGAGCUUAAGUACGAUGAUUCGAUUCUCUACAAGAGUGGCCGCCGCAGCCGCAAGCAUCGUGCGAAUCGCGUUAACGCAAUCGUCGAGAUCGGCCAAAUACCGAAGGAAUUCGAAACGGACGAGGAAGCGCCCGGUGGCAGCUGAAUUAGCGAGCUUUUGCAGCCGCAGGGGAGACUUCCCGCUAUGCACGCUGCUUCUGUUCUUAUCGCAUUCCAUACUAAUCCUCCGUGGCUUAGUUUUUGGGUUAAUUGUUGUUUUCUGUUACAAAUCUGAUGAUACGCUCUCUCUCUCUACUGUCUAGUGGCUGCGCGGUGCCGUUAGCGUGUGAUAGUGUACUUUAAAGCCGGAAAUAAAUUGGAUAUUUGUUACGCACCA